ACAAGAAUAUCGGAAUUGUGGUUAUAUAAGGACAACUAAAAGCUAUUCCAGAAAAGUAUCAAGCGAAUUGUCAGUACGAGAAACCCUAAACCUCCUUCAGGAAUCAGGACGCAUCAUUAUCGGAAUUCCCUCUUCGGUUUUUUUUUUCCUGUUGGUUUGAAGAUUGAAGCCAUGGCUCUGGUUUUACAUGCCUCUAGUACAAACAAAAAUGCCAUCAAGGCACUUAUUACAGCAGAAUAUAGUGGCAUAAAGAUUGAACUGGCAAAGGGCUUUGAGAUGGGUGUAUCAAAUAAGACACCAGCAUUUCUCAAGAUGAAUCCUAUAGGAAAGGUUCCUGUGCUUGAAACACCUGAUGGCCCAAUAUUUGAAAGCAAUGCAAUUGCACGCUAUGUGGCUCGAUUGAAGGCUGAUAACCCCCUCUAUGGUUCUUCCUUGAUUGAUUAUGGGCACAUAGAGCAGUGGAUUGAUUUUUCUGCUAACGAGAUUGAUGCUAAUAUAGGGCGUUGGUUGUACCCGCGACUUGGUUACGGUCUUUAUCUUCCUCCGGCUGAGGAGGCUGGAAUUACUGCACUAAAGAGAGCUCUGGAAGCAUUGAACAUACAUCUUGCCUCCAAGACCUACUUGGUUGGACAUGAAAUCACACUUGCUGACAUUGUGAUGGCAUGUAACCUGAGUAUUGGAUUCAAGGCAAUCAUGACUAAGAGCUUUACUUGUCAAUUCCCACAUGUGGAGAGGUACUUCUGGACAUUGGUCAAUCAGCCAAAUUUCAAGAAGAUAUUUGGUGAUGUUAAGCAAGCAGAAUCUAUUCCACCUGUUGCAUCCAAGAAACCCGCCCAACCAAAGGAACCUGCAAAACCCAAGCCAAAGGAGGAAGCCAAGAAAGCGGUGAAGCCCAAAGAAGUAGCAGAAGAAGAAGAAGAAGCUCCUAAGCCGAAGCCCAAGAAUCCUUUGGAUCUUUUGCCUCCAAGUAAGAUGAUACUAGAUGACUGGAAGAGGCUCUACUCUAACACCAAGACCAACUUUCGUGAGGUUGCCAUCAAAGGGUUUUGGGACAUGUAUGAUCCAGAGGGAUACUCUCUAUGGUUCUGUGAGUACAAAUACAAUGAUGAGAACAAAGUGUCGUUUGUGACAUUGAACAAGGUGAGUGGUUUUCUGCAGCGAAUGGAUUUGGCACGAAAGUAUGCAUUUGGGAAGAUGUUGGUUAUUGGUUCAGAGGGACCAUUUAAGGUGAAGGGACUGUGGCUCUUCCGAGGAACAGAAAUACCGCAGUUUAUAAUUGAUGAAUGUUAUGAUAUGGAGCUCUAUGAUUGGACUAAGGUAGAUAUCAACGAUGAAGCUCACAAGGAGCGUGUGAAUCAGAUGAUUGAAGAUGCCGAGCCUUUUGAGGGAGAGCCUCUUUUAGAUGCCAAGUGCUUCAAGUGAUUUCUGAUGCUGUGUCCUAUGGUUGACCAAAAAUAAUAUUCCUGAUCGUUUUUUUUUUCUUUUUCUUUCUAUUGAACAACAGCAAAGUAGUUAGUUGUUGAGUUGGGACAUGUUCGUAAUUAAAUGCUUAUUAGUUUUCUAGGGAAGGGUGACACUGUUUUACAUUAGUGAUGUGGGUGCCUCCUAAGGGAGCCUAUCAUACUCAUUCUCUUUCUUUCCUUUUU